UCAUAGAUCAUUCAUCAUUCGGGUUUUCUGGCAUCCUUGGUUACAUUGGCCAAGCUGUCAUCCUGAUAUCGCGACUUCUGUCUGGUCACCAGAAUUUGGUUUCCUUUUAUUUCGAAGCACUUAAUUUGAACAGUUUUUGGUGAUAAAAUCAUUGAUACCGUACAGCAAUUGGACAUCUACAGUGUUUGUAGGCUGUUCGACAACGUCAAAAACAGUAUAGAUUGACCAUCAAAGGACAUUAGAGCUGUCGAAAGCAAGGGGGCAAUAUGGGUGGAUUGUUCAGCUACUUCCGUGGCCUUCUGGGGAACCGGGAGAUGCGUAUUCUGAUUCUUGGUCUCGAUGGUGCUGGGAAGACCACUAUAUUGUACCGGCUGCAAGUCGGCGAGGUGGUCACAACUAUUCCAACGAUCGGUUUCAAUGUUGAACAAGUGACCUACAAAAACCUAAAGUUUCAAGUUUGGGACUUGGGUGGACAAACCAGCAUUAGACCGUACUGGCGGUGUUAUUACAGCAACACAGAUGCUAUCAUUUAUGUGGUAGAUUCUGCAGAUAAAGAUAGGAUAGGUAUUUCGAAAGAUGAGCUUUUAUAUAUGCUAAGGGAAGAUGAAUUGGCAGGCGCCAUUCUGGUCGUAUUAGCGAACAAACAAGAUAUGGAAGGUUGCAUGAGUGUGGCGGAAGUGCAUCAGGCGCUAGGACUGGAGGCACUCAAAAACCGAACGUUCCAAAUUUUCAAAACCUCUGCCACCAAAGGCGAAGGUUUAGAUCAAGCGAUGGACUGGCUGGCGAAUGCGUUACAAUCGCGAAAAUAGUUUUCCGGAACUCCCCAUACGGCAGUUAAUGUUUCAAACCAACAACUCAUGCGUACAGGACCCAAGAAAAACAAUGCAGGAAAACUAAAUAUUCCCGACUAUCGUUUUGGUUCAUAUUCAGAUACAAAGAUUAUCAACGACGAUGUUAACAACCAGUUAGAAAGAGACAACACAAAUACGGAGGGCCAAACAUGUCGCGAAGUUUUUGAUUCGAAAUUAGCAGUGCAAAUUAGCCUACAAAGGCGUAUCAAUUUGGAAAAUGUGUUAGACGAGUAUUCUGUUUGCUUUUUUUGUUAGUUUGACUAUGCUUAAGAUUAAUAAGCUCCUGCGACAGACUCCGUAGAAUCUUUGUCGCAUUAAUUUAAAUAAUCAUAAAUAAAUUAAUAUAUACAAGUAUAAUAA